AUGAAAUAUCGAGACGAGCGAGGAAGAUACCGCAAAUUUGGUGAGAAAAAGAGGAGAAAUGAAGUAUCCAAGCGAAUAAUUAUUGAGCAUAAUUACACAAAUACUGGGUUAUGUAACGGUAGUGACUGCACAGCUACAAAUUGCAGCAACUUUCACUUUGAACUUGGCGCUAGUGAUAGCCGUGAUGGGUGGAGGGAAGGCAGACGUUUGAUUGAACUUGACGUUUUGUUGAACAAUUUAAAGUACUGUUGCUCUUGUAAGUUAGGACCUGUGCCGUUGACAGCUUAUAACGUGGUUGUUGAGUUGCAAAAGGGGCUUGGUGGAUAUUUAUAUGUGGUUUGCCAGAAUCCUGACUGCAACUUCGUCAACAGAGUGGCAUAUGGCAAAGUACACCGGAUGAAAACAAAUGGAAUGCCAUGUUUUGAUGUCAAUACUAAACUUGGUACAGCUAUGAUUGACAGUUUGGGCGGCCCAGUCCGUGUCAACAAUUUAUUAUCCACUCUAAAUGUCAAGCCUAUAUGUAACAGGAAUCUGAAGAAAAUGGAGGAACGUGCAGGCGAGGCCAUAGAGGCACAUUCUGUGCAUUCUACAAACCAAGCUGCUCUCCAAGCAUUUGAGAAAGAAAUUGAAGACAUUGCACAUCAAGAAUCAUAUGAGGCCCGGAAAUCAAUGGAAGGGAUGUUAUUGGAUGAUCUUGGGGUUUGUCCACUACCAGAUGAAUCACCAAACCUUCGUCGACUGUUACAAGAUACAUCAGUUGUUGAGGGGGAUUCAGACUGGACUGAUGUUCAGUCUGAUACUGAAGAAGGAAAUGAUGGUCCAGCUGACAACAUUCAGAGCUAUAGACCUGUUACAGACGAUCCCUUCAGGUGAACAUAUUUAAAUAUCAUAUAGUAUUUGU